AUGACACUUUCUUUACUUGCCCCCACCCCCAUAUCAAAUUUACUUUUGCGCCUCCCACUUGCCUCAGGUUUUGUUUAUACGUUAGCGUUAUGGGAGUUUUCCCGUUUCUUUUGUUCUCUUUUCCUCUGCUUCUCCCUCUUUACCUUUCCUUCUUGUCCUCCCAUCUCCUUCAUUCUAUUUCACCCUCACACUUUCCCUCUUUCUUUCUCCCUCUUUCCUUUCUCUAUUUUCCUCUUGUUCUCUUUUUUACCCUCUCUUUUACUUUGUUCUCUUUUACUCUCACUUCCUCUUCCUCGCGCUUUUCCUUUCCUUUCCCCUUUCGCUCACUCUCAUCCUCAUUUUUUCAUUUCCUCUUGUUCUCCAUUUUCUCUCUUCUCCUUUCUAUUACUCUCACUCUUCCCCUUUGUGGCUCUCUUUCUUUCACAUUCCCACUCACUCUUUCUCUCCUUCACUCUUUCUCUUUCCCUUUUUCCCUCUCCUUUCUCUUUCCAUGUCAAGUCUCUUACUCAUAUUUUCUCUCACCCGUUUAUUCCUUUGUUUUAUCCUUCCUUUUCUCUUCUAUUUUCCUCUCCUUCUCUCUCUUUACCUAUUGUUCCCGCUCUUUUCUACUCCUUUUCCGACAUUUUCUCUCUCUCUUUCACUCUCACUUCUUCCUUUCUCCUUUCAUUUGCAUCUUUUCCUCUAUUUUCUAUGCCUACCUUCUUACCCUCUUACUUUCUCUUCUAUUUUCCUUAA